AGGGAGAGGAAGAGAGAGGAAGGGAGAGUUAAGAGAGAGUUAAGAGAGAGGAAGAGAGAGGAAGGGAGAGGAAGGGAGAGUUAAGAGAGAGUGAAAGGAGAGAGAAACUGCACUGCACGGAGCCGCGCCCGGAUCGAUUGCCUCCUCGCUGGGUUGCAUUGUGGGAGGUUGACAGGAUGGCUACUCACAGGACGGUGCCGGGCCGAGGCCAGGAUGUUGACGCGGAGUCGCUGCUCAGCGGACUCUCGGCGGACGAGCUCAAGCAGCUGGCGGAGGAUCUGCAGGACAUGGACCCGGACAACGCGCUGCUCCCCGCCGCGUUCCGACAGAAGGACCAGACGACAAAGGCGCCGGCGGCGCCGUUCAACCGCGAGGAGCUCCUGCGCUUCCUGGAGACGCAAGCGCGGGAGCACCGUGACCGCGAGGACCUGGUGCCCUUCACCGGCGAGAAGAAGGGUAAGGAGUUUGUCCCGAAGGUGAAACCAAUGCCGGUGGAGGAAAAAAUGGCACUGGACCCCGAGCUGGAGGAGGCUCUGACCGGAGCCACGGAUGUGGAGCUGUGCGACAUCGCUGCCAUCCUGGGCAUGCACACCCUGGUGAGCACCCCGCAGUACUACAGCGCCCACAAGGGCACGAGCCACGCGGACGGCAUCGGCAGUGUGGUGCGCGCCGAACCCAUGCGCCCCAUGCCCGAAGAGCCCCCCAACCCCACGGACGUGGAGGCAACGCUGCAGCGUAUCCGUGACAACGACCCCCGCCUCCAGGAGGUCAACCUCAACAACAUCAAGAGCAUCCCGAUCCCAACGCUGAAGGAGUACGCGGAGGCGCUGAAGAGGAACACCCAUGUCACGUCGUUCAGCCUCGCGGCCACGCGCAGCAACGACCCCGUCGCCCUGGCACUGGCGGACAUGCUACGGGAAAACCGCGGGCUGCGCAGCCUCAACGUGGAGACCAACUUCAUCACGGGCAGCGGCAUCCUAGCCAUGGUGGAGGCGAUGCACGAUAACGACUCGCUCAGCGAGCUCAAGAUCGACAACCAGAGGCAGCAGCUGGGGAACCACGUGGAGAUGGAAUUGGCUCGCCUGGUGGAGGAGAAGACGACGCUGCUGAAGCUGGGAUACCACUUCCUGCAGCAGGGGCCCCGCACGCGGGCAGCAGACGCAGUCACCCGCAACAACGACCUGAUUCGACAGAAGAGGCUGGAGGGGUGAGACGCGGCCAUCCACGGAGAGGACAGCUGGGCCACGGCCACCCUGGGCCAACACCGCCAGCCCAGGUCCCAUCUCCUCCAGGUCCAUUGUCUUGGGCCUCCCCAGCUGGUAUCCCCUCUUCUCCUCCACGCUCACCCACCUGCCAGCACUACCACCACCCCACCCGCCGCCACCCUCGCCCUUGGUGCCACCCGCACUGGAGUCGGCAUAGUCGAGGUCAUGUGACCUCGUGACCCCAGCCUCGCCUGGACGGGGACCAAUUGACGCGAUGACGAUUGGGACGUGACAGCUCUCCUUCCGCCCCCCACCAACUUCCUCCACCCAUGCCCCCCCCCUCCCCCGGCCUCCCGUGAUUGAUUAAUCUUCCACGACAUUCGAAGUGAUAACAAUUCGACCGAAAUUACAACCAUUACCAUCGUGGUGCGAUGGUUAAAUCAUUUCAUCAUAACCAUCAUCAUAACCAUCAUCGUCAUCAUCAUUGGUUUACAACGCGAACAUUCCUGACCAGCUAUCAAACCUGGGGACAAUUCCACGGAUGGUCCUCACUUCGGUCCAAUCCAACCGUGCUCCAGGUUUUCCAGAUAGAAAUCCGUGGCAGCUCUCUACCCCGGCUAUGUUUCCAUUACAUUCCCACGUACAAUUCCCGCGGCGGUUAGAAAUCCGAGGAAGCUCCCAAUUUUUCGCUCCAAGAAAUCGUGAUCCCUUUUUUUCCCGACCUUUGGAACCUAAAAAAAGGCGCUUCCGUGGAUUUCCCAUUAUUAUCCUCGCCGGAUGAGAGCAGCAGCACCUUGUUGCACGUGUCGGGGCCUGCGCCAGGCUUCUCCACGUGGCGGUAGUGGUGUAACCGUCACCGUUGUCGCCAUCGUCAUCGUUUUGAUAUUUUGUUGCCGACGAGGCCGGCGGUUGCAUGUUUUGUAUCGUUUUGCUAGGGUUCAUCUUUAUCGCGUUUUUCAUUCUCGGGGUGGGUUUUUGUGUUUACGUGAGAGUUUCGCCGUCCUCUGCCAUACAUCGCCGCGUCGCCCUGCAAACGACGUCCGGACGUCGUCGCCGCCGCCGCCAUAUUAACGAGGUCGGGGUCGAGGACGAGUAGCCGAAGGGUCACCACCUCGUCCCGGUUUUCCGCCCAGAUCGCGUUGUCGCUCGUGGAGAGAAAGAGAGGCAGCCGCCGCAGAGCUGGCAAAACAAAAUCUGUCGGUCUUCCCUCGAAACAUCAACGCUCGCGGUUAUUGUCACCUUCCUAGGAGUAUUGACGGUAAUGCGACACCACUCGAGGCAAUCCUACUGACAAGUACUGUACCAUAUUCUCCAGAGGCCGACAAAGACAAAGAUCCGCCGUACAGCUUUAAGCAGACUUUUGGUGGAAAGUACCGUUGGCGGGCACUUUUUGAAGGCCGGCACGAGGUGGGUGGGGGUUGCCAGCGCUGUGCCCGACCGCCUCCCCAGUGUUGAUGGUUUACACACCGCACCAGCUACUCAUUUGAGGCUGAGUCGACCUAGGGGAGGCCCGUAAUCGGUUCAGAUUUUCACAGUCAUCGUCAUUGGGUCAUGCGAGCGGUAAUCGGAACUGGGAGGGAGGGGGGGGGGUCUCCCAGGUUUUAAGCGCCGCUAGCUGCUGUGGCACUGCUCACCGCGCGUCCAAAUCUGGCCACGCACCCAGCUCUCGGAUUAAGUCGCACCACCCCCAAGCUUUGCUUUGAAAUGCAGGGGGAAUGGCGUGCGUCGUGUGAACCCAGAGAAUACGACAGCUCCUCUUCCUCUGCUAUCGCGAGAUCCUCCUGCUCCGCCAGCGCCCGAUUCUUGUGUGCGUGCGAUCUCGGCGGCUUGACAAGGCGAGCCCAGAGGGCCUCGUCGCCUCUACCUCGUUAGUCCCCGACGAUGAUGUAGGCGGCCGGCACCCCCCCCCCCCCGCCCCCGUCGUGUUUUGAGCGCGAGAGAGAGAACUGGAGAAUUCAGCAAACUAGGAAACGCAAGUGUCCAUGCAUUAAAGCGCAGGUGGGUAAAAGUGGGGGGGGUGCCUCGUGACAUCGCCCCCCACCCCCCUCGCCCCCCCCCCACCCCGCGUGUAACGGUGCAGCCGCCAACUUGACACGCGUGGGACCCCAGAGCGAGGGGGUCCCUUUGGUGUGAUUCACCCCCCCCCCCCACUUAUGCUGGGCCCCUGGGCAUUUUAGGUCCCCCUAAAAGGUAGGCGGGUUCCCAGGUAUGAUUCUUGGGUGUCGAGGGCUUCUCCCAUAGAUAAGACCCCCCCCCACCCCCGUGGAAGUGAAGCGAGCCCCCCUAGAUUAUAGCCCCUAGGUGUGGGUCUCCCCCUCCCUUUUUUUUAAACAGCCCAAGGUCUGACGCCCCCCCCCCCCCACUCCGUGCUCCCAAUAUACGUGUCUGGGUCUACCCAUACUUCACCGCAGGGUGUUGGUGACCAGGCCCCCCACCCCACGUGUGUGUGGGGGGGGGGGGGUGAAUCGUGGCUCUUUAUUUUUGCUUGGGGGAAGUUCACGGCUCCAGCAAGAAUCCGGGUGACGUCACACAAACUCAUUCCGGUGACGUCACCACACAUUCCUGAGCUAUGCAGCCGGACCCCCCCUCUCAAUCCCUCCGCCCCCCUCUGCGGGGGAGGGGCGGGGUAGGAACUCACCCUCCGCCCAUGACGUAAAGAGCCCCGUCAAUCCACUGCUGGAUGAAGGGCCACCCCACGCCGCCAUCUGACGAAUUAUUGGGGAGGGGGUUUAAUCAUUUGACCAUACUUCACCGCGCUGGUCAAUGCGGGUUGGGGGUUUGCAUGGGAGCAUAAAAGUACAGCGCUACCUGCCCUGUGUUAGCCACCACAUAGCCACCCCGCCCGUUACAUCGACCCCUGGUAUACGGUGUACCCUGGCAUGGGAGUCUGGACAAUUGAAAAGUGGUCCUUCACGUGACUCUCAAUACACAAGCCUCUCAUUCGUGCAUUGCAGCCUCAUUCGUGAAGUCGUGCGUGAGCCACCUGUGCUAUAAUAAACAAAUAAAGUAUCGAUCAUCGUGA